CUGCAGGAGAUUGCUGCUAUGUCACUGCGCCAAUCUGUCAGGCUUUGCUGUUGACCCAUUGACGCAAACACGGGCCAGCCUGAGUGUAUUUAAGCUGGCUUUCCUUGACCGCAGGAAGAGAGAUUGAUGUUGAACAAGAAGUUGACAAGAACCUGUUUUUUUUUGUUUUUCUUUAAACAUCUGAUACUGACGGUGUAUGCGAUGAGCUCGGGAAAUAGCUGUGACAGUCUCAGCGACUCACCUAUAAGCCUGAUAAGAGUGGUGGGACCAACAACACCCAGAAGAGGACCACCUACAUUCAAACAGAGAAUGACAAGGCAAUUCAAAAGCAAACCUCCCAAGAAGGGAGUCAAAGAAUUUGGAGAUGAGAUCCCAGGAAUGGAUGGUCUUGGGACUGACAUCACCGUGGUGUGUCCGUGGGAGGCCUUUAGCCAUCUGGAGUUGCAUGAGCUUGCCCAGUAUGGUAUUAUUUGAACUGGACGACAGGAAGAUGCGUCACCUGGAUUUGUUUAGUGGACUAAACUACUGUAGUUCCACCACUGGAUCCCAAAUGAGGGAUGCUGCAAAUGGACACUUGCAUCAUUACCUUGAAACAGUUGUAUGAACGCCAAUCCACCAGCCUAUGAAUGCACAAUACAUAAUGUAGUGACUAGGAGGAAUUAUGUUUAUGAAGGUUUAUAGGAUGAUAUAAAGCUGUGGAAUGUGGAGCAAUGUGGAAUUUGAUUCCAGUCUGUUUGUGUUAUUUUCUACAGCGCAUAACCAAAAUACUUCUUUUCAAUAUCUGUGAACUUUUUAUUUAUGCUAAUUCUCUACUUUGACUAUUUUUAGUAAAUGUUUUCUGAGAGAAGAGGCCUUAUUAGCGGUGUAAAUCACUUUCACACAUCUGUUGUAUAUGUCUUGGAAUUUCUUCUGCUGUUAGCAAAUGUGGCUUAA